AUGGCAUGGCGCAAGAAGAAGGUUCUUGCGCUGCUCAUGUUUUUCUCCUCUCUCCUGUUAUUGCAGUAUUACCGCAGGGAGCCAAGGCAGCUACAUCUCUCCGACUGGUUCACCCCCAGACAACGCCCUGAUGUGAUGACCAUGACCAACUGGCUGGCCCCAGUGGUCUGGGAAGACACCUUCAACUCUGAGGUACUGUGGCAGCACUACAGGACCCGGGACCUCACCGUGGGCCUGGCCAUCUUCGCCGUGCAUCGCAGAGCCAGGGCAACCCUGAAUCUGUCCCUGGCCUCAGCCAACAAGCACUUCAUGGUGGGCCAGCGGGUCAUCUUCUACAUCACGGUGGAGCCCUUGGACAAGAAGAAGCUGGAGAAGAACCUGGACCGGAUCCUGAAGCCAGGCUGGACGCAGGGUGGGAGGCGGGCUGUGCGCAUCAUCCCCAUCGCAGAGGAGAGCCUGUGGCUGGGUCCAGAUGGGGCGCGCAUGAAGGAGCUGGAGGAGCACAUUGUCAGCCACAUUCAGGACGAGGUAGACUUCCUCUUCAGCAUGACUGCCAGUCAGAUCUUCCAGGCCCAUUUUGGGCUGGAGGCAUUGGGCACAUCAGUGGCACAGCUACAUGGCUGGUGGUACUUUCGACGCCCGCUAGAGCUGCCCUAUGAGCACAGGCCCCAGUCAGCAGCCUGCAUCCCCUUCGGCCAGGGCGACUUCUACUACGAUGGUGCACUGGUAGGGGGCACUCCGCUGGAGGUGCUUCGUCUUAUCCAGGCCUACCUGAGUGGGAUGAAGCAUGACCUUCAACUGGGGCUGAGCAGCACCUAUGAGAGUCACCUGAACAAGUACUUCUUUCUGCACAAGCCAGCCAAGCUGCUGUCACCUGAGUACAACUGGAACGAGGCCCUGCGCCCACCUCCCCAAGUCCGCAUUGUCAGGCUGGCUCACCGCGUUCAGGACAGGUGA